UAGAAGUUGUGAGAGAAAGGAUGUCUAGCGAGAAGAGGACCAAGAGGGCGCUGGUGGAGCAGCUGCUGGAAGCAAAGUCCCGGUCGGGCAAGACGCUCACGAUGAUCGCAGCCGAGACUGGGCUCACGAAUGCGUAUGUGGGGCAGCUCUUCCACCGCCAGGCUCAGCUUCACCCGGAACAAGUGUCUCCCCUCCGGAAUGCCGUGCCACAGCUCUCGGAUGAGCUCCUCGAGAAGAUGCGAGCCCCCCCACUUCGCUCCUACGAACCGACCCUCAUCCAGGAUCCCAUUGUUUAUCGGCUGAACGAAGCUGUGAUGCACUACGCCCAGAGCAUCAAGGCCAUCAUCAACGAGGAAUUUGGCGAUGGCAUAAUGUCCUCAGUUGGUUUCUUCUGCGAGGUGAACAAAAUCCAAGGCAAAGAGGGUGAAGAACGGGUGCAAAUCACGCUCAAUGGGAAGUUCCUGCCUCAUAUCGUUCAGUUGCAGGAAGACAACGUAAGCUCCUGAGCUAUGACGUUAAACGGCGAAAGGAUAGAUUGUUACGUAAGAGUGUUCUCUAAACAAAAGAAAUAAAGGCGCUUGCGUUUGAUAGA